AUGCAGCAGCUGCGCGACUCAUGGAGUGCCGACGCCAUGACGAAGGGUGAUAGAGAUAACAUGAGUGAGCGAAUUCACAGAGAGCACCGCUACCACCCUGAGGAGUUUCGUCGUCACCACAUUAAAGUAGCCGGCUUUUUGACAAUUCCUGCGCUUCUCUUUGGGUCCUUUGCUGGCUACUACUACCAUACGGGCCGGUUCCUGUGGCAGGGUGAUCCACAGUAUGUGUUGAACAUGAUUAGACAGCUGGAUACUUCACCGCGUAGCAAGUUACACGCCUAUAGGCUUGAGGGAACCGAGGAGCUUCCAGCGCAUGUGAAGGCGUACCGUGAAAGGAAUUGGGAGAAGCGUCUGGCCCUUGAGGGUGGUAUCCACGGCGAGAGGGGAAAAGAGCAUGAAGGAGGUGUGGCUUGA